ACCUGCUCUAGUUCAUUUGAAAAUUGAAUAUCUUAAAUGAUAACUUAUUCUUUAAAAGAGUAUUUAGUGGGGCCGAGAUUCUAACUCCAAGUAGAUCGUAUAAAUGAUUGAUGUCGAAAUGUAUGUAUCACUUAUCCUCGUAUAUAAUCAUCUACUUAAAUCGCCUUAGUCACUAACGGAAUUAAAUAAGUCAAAUAACGAGAAUGGAUCAUUGAAUACACAUUUUGUAUAUGAAGCGAAUAGAAUGCAGAGAAGCGAAUCGAUGCGCAAUGUAGAUGGUGGGUAAGCCAACUCCAUUUAGUCAGGCGUUAAUCAAUAUUUUAGUCACACAAAAAUAGGCUACAUACAUGUGAUGAAUGGGAUAAGAAAUGUACACACACAUAUGCGCUCAUAUAAAAAUAGUCAACAUUGAUAAGCGAAUAAUCAACAAGGUCAAAAUAUGACUCAAGUAGAAUGAAUAGAUUGGCCUGUCCGAAAACCAGAAUAAGGUGUAUGGGCUUCACAUAAUAACCGACACUACAAGUAUGAUAAUGAUUGAUGUUUUGAUCGGUUUUUAUGGAUAACCUCAUUGAUGAAAACAAAAUGUACAUUUUUUCAAUUAUCUCUUAUCAUUAAAAAACAGAAAAUUUGUCAUUUGGAUUAUAUGAAUUACAAGUUCUAAAGAAGAAUAUUCAUUUUUUAAUCAAUCGAUAAUCUAUAUACUUCAUAAUUAUGUUCAUUGAUACAUUUAUUAUUAUCUGUCCUAAUUUUAUUUUUUAUUAGUGUGUACCUCUUCCGGGUUUUGGUUUUAAACGAGGUGGUUAUCAAUGUGUUUGUCAACCAGGACAUCGUUUACCAUAUGAACAAAAUGGACCAUUUCGUGGUGUUGAUAUUGAAGCGGCAACUGAAGAAGAAUAUCGUAAUAAUUUUGAUUGUAUUGCAGUUGGUUGGCGUGAAGUCAUACCUGAAGAAACUGGUAUGAAAAAUAAUUUAGAAAGAUUUCGUCGUUCAAUAGGUCAACAAACAAGUACAUUAUGGAAUAGAUUUAAAGAUCCAUCGGUUCAUUUAUUGAACAUGAUAUUAACAACAUUUGGAUCAUUCAAGCAGAAUAUCUUCCCAACACCACCAAAAUUAGAUGAAUCACUAUUAAUCAAUGAAAUAUCGGAUAAACCAUUUAAAACAACUAAUUUAGAUGACCAACCAUUAGAUCGUCUUGUUCCUGGAUAUCGAUCAGUCUCACAUUUGCUACCAUUGGAACAAAACGAUUUUAAUUUAACGUAUACAGAAGAUGUUUAUGAAGAUGGAUUUUUUGACAAUGAUACUUAUAUACUUAUCAAUAAACCAAGUAAUAUAGAUAGUAAGGAUCAGUCAAAUAACAUCAACAAACGCGUACGACGAAAUGUUGAUACACCAUUUUAUACAGUAGGAGUUGGUACAGUAUUUGAUGCAGACAGGUAUUUUGAAGUUCAACGUUUAAUUGCACAUGUACGCAAAGUGACUAGUCAAAAUUGUCAUCUAAUGACAGCGGAUCAAUUAAUUUUACCAGGAGAAGUUAGUUAUGGUGUUGAGAAACAAUUUGAAAUGGUUGGAAGAACAGCUCUACGUUUAUCACAUUUUCUAAGUGCUUAUUAUCAAAAUAAUGUUGUUGGUGAACUUUACGGAAGUUUAAAAACUGGUUUUCCAAUUAAUCGUUUUCAAUUAUUUGGUGAAGUUUUUGCCAAUGUUUUAUCAAAUUUUGAUAUUGUAUCAAGUGGAAUAUUUUUUGAUUAUCAAAUGUUUACUGAUCAUGAUGGUACAACAUGGGAUCUAUUUGCUCCAUAUGCGUAUAAACCACUCUUGGCAACCCAAGCAGCUGAGGCAAUUGAUAUGAGUAUAAAUGCCUAUCGAGACUAUACAGAAAAACCAUGGUUUCGAACAUUGAAGUCAAGAUGGGCAUCAAGCCGUCAGAGCUUAGAGCGAAUUACAGCGAAACCAUAUAUAAGAAGUGAUGUGAAUGGUAGUCAACUACAACGUUAUUUCACAUUUCCCAUCUAUUAUCGUGUACCACAUUAUGAAGAAGGUUAUUGGACACAACCAUAUUUCGAUUGUGAUGGUCUGGUAAAAGAUUGGCUUAUUACAUAUGCAACGCCAUUUUUCGGUGUUGUCGGUGAAGAAAAAGCUUUAAGAUUUAUGGGUGUUGUAACUGCUUCUGUAAAGCUAACAUCAUUGGAUAUAAAUCAAUGCCCUCAAUCGUUUUAUACACCAAAUUUCUUUAAAAAUACAGCAAGAUGUGAUUUCCGAAGCACAUAUGUAUGUUCUACCCUUUGUUUAUCCAUGCAUUUGAUAGAAUAUAUAUGUAUGUAAUGAACAAACACUCCAGUGGAAUAGACGAAUUUACUGUUUAAUACGUAAUCAUACAGCGAUUUAGUAAAAUGUUCAAGUCAUGCAUCACUUGCACAUCUUUGUUUUAUCUCACAAGUUUCACGGUUUUUUGAUCGCUGUUGUUAUCCUGAUGGCGUUUACUUUCCUUCUCUCUUCACUUCAUUCUUAUCUUCCCAAUCUUCUGCUGCCAGGCAUUCCACUCCCGUCUGGUGGUACAUACUACUUAUAUCUACAAACACAAGUAGUGCAUACCAUAUAUUUAAAGAGAGAGAGAGAGAUCAACAUGAUUCGACUAGUCAUAAUAAAGAUCACUUAAGAUGCAAACUGAUAUCAAAUUAUUUUAGUCCAUACAGUGGAAUGAAAACAUUGUUUAUUCAACAAGUUUACCAAAAUGGCUCACCUAUGGAUAUAAAACUAAAAAAAUCUAACCCCGUUUCAUUACUAAAAGAAAUUACAAUAAUUCUUCAACUUGAUUAAAGCAGAAAUAACUUAGAUUAUUAUACUGUUCAUAACAUUUUACAUAGCAACAUAAAUAUUUAUAAAUGUAUCCUGUGCAAAUUAAUACCAAGACAUUAUUUCUCAUCUGGUAGUUAUAAAUGUGAAUGCCGUCAAGGUUUCGAAUAUCCAUUGAACGAUCGUACUUGGUAUUUUCAUGGCGAAAUGAUGGAACGUGAAUAUCAAUUAAUGUUAGCUGGUAAACCGAAUCGUUAUGAAUUAUUACGAUGUCGUCAAGGUGUCGCAAGUGGAUUAUCUAGUUCAUCAGUUGUAAUACUUGUAUUGGUCAACUUUAUAGUGAUUUAUUUGCAUUCAUUAUAACUAAACAAUCUUGAAGUAUUUUUCCUUAAAUGAUAAUAAUAACAAUACACUAACUUAUUAGCAUGUAAUUUUUAUUUUCUGAAAUAUUUCGUAAAUAAAAUGUUUACUACUUA